AUGGAAGCAUUUGCUGAUUCUAUCAAUGCUAGUCUGCAGAGUUUGACCGAGAAAAAGGAAUUUCUUGAAGUAAAAAGGGACCACUACGUUACCAUCAGACAGCAUUUGCACAAAUUUAGAGAAAAUGGUGAUGAGCAUCAGGAUUCUUCCGAUGGUUUAGUUUUUGGGGAUGUGAUAAUUGCGGCGAAAAAGGUUUAUCUGAGUAUUGGUUAUGAAUAUUACGUCGAAAAACAGUGUGAAGAAGUGCUGGAGUUCCUCCGAGGUCAACUAGACUUGAUGGGGACUGCAAUUAGGCAAUUUCAGGAAAAAAUUUCUGAGGCCAAGGAGACGCUGAAAAAUAUCCAAAGUCUGUCGAACAGCAAUGGUUCUCAAGGGGAAAUGGAUGGUGAGUAUUUGCCUCCUGUGGAAAUUAGGGAGGAGCUAGAUGAAGAGGGAAACGUCAUAUCUAGUACUGUCACACCAACAUCAACUAAAAAAGAACGGUUGGGUAUAGACGAGAAAAAGGAUGGGUUGAGCAGUUUCGAGCAGAACUUAAGGGACCGACUGGCUGCUAAAGAUAGCAAGGCUAGCACUGAUAACAAGGUUACCAUUAGCGCACCUCCGGAGAGUCAGAAAGAGGUUGGUGAUGGCUUACCCGCAAGUAUAGACAGGGAUAACAUGUAUACGUUUGCGGAUCUGGUGCGGCAGUUGGAUGAGCAGGACGAGCAGGAUGAUGAAAGGGAGAAUAUGCACUGCGCUGAUGAUGAUGAUGAUGAUGAUGAUGAUGAUGAUGAUGAUGAUGAUGAUGAUGAUGAUGAUGAUGAUGAUGAUGAUGAUGAUGAUGAUGAAGUGGAAGACGGAGAAGAAAUCAAUCAAUUCUCCUUUAUACGUGGUGCUCCAGCGCAACAAGCAUUUAUGAAUCAAAUCAACAAGCUUCGUAAUCAGAAAAGAGCUUCCGAUACCAGAACUGAGCAUGUGAAUGCUGAAGAAGAGCUCCGUAGGGCGAAAUUUCACCAUGAAGUUGAUGGGCACAAAUCAUCCGUUAAAUCAAUUCUAAAAGACAGCAAUAAAAUAAAUAAAAAGAGCAAGAAAACCGUAGGGUUCGCGGCUGAACUUGAUAUUAAAGAAGUGGAGAACUUGAAGGCAGAAAACAAGAAAAAUACACAACGAUUUACCGUUUCGUCUUCAUUUCAACCUCCACCUAAUGAUCGUAUUGGGUCCGCAGUAUCAUCAGAAAAUGAAUUUGAUAGUGAGCUGUUUGCUAACUUGAUUGGUGCUCAAGGUCCGGAUGAGAUUCACGAAAGGUACAAGGAACAGGUAAGUAAAGAAGUGAAUAAUCAUGCGGCUCAGCUUAAAAGAGAAGAAAGAAAGAAAAGGUUCUCGAGAUUCAGAAAGGAGAGGAAUCGUGAACCUGUUUCGAUAGCUUCCAGUACACAUGACUCUGAAGCAGUUUCGGCCAUGAAGGAUUUGGUGAUAGAACAUUACGAAGAAGAGCCGUUGUCCUUAGGUGAUGGUAGCAAUAAGGCUGGUGGUAUCGCAGCAGGGUCUGCCAUCAAUAGCAUGGUGAUACAACGUUCUGGGGAUGAUUUAGUACCUGUAAACACUACAAAAAAGUCAUCGCGUGGUCGCGAAGAGAAACCAGUAUCGACUGUAAUCAAAGAACGAACAACUAAUGAUUCUAGUGACUACGAUUACAACUUUUCGGCAAUUCCUGAGAGAACUCCGGAGAAUGAAACCUGCGAACUGGUAAAAUCGAAUAACAACUUAGCAGUGGAAUCUACUCAAUAUAGCAAAUGGAAUGAAUCAAAAAAGGCUGAUGUUGGUGAGGAAGAUUUGAUGUUCUUCCGCAAAAAGAUGAUAUCUCUUAAUACUACAAAUAAGCAUACAAAGAAUUCAUCAAAAGUUGGCCUGAAAUCGCUCGGCGAUUUGGCUUCUGAUGAAGAUGAGAGUGAAGAUAGUGCUGAGAGAACACUGCCGUCGAAUAGUCAGGAUCCCUCAGAUUUUCGCUUAGAAACAAUUAUCAACAACAAAGUAAACAGUGACACAUCAGUCAAAGUGCCCACGAUAGAUUACCGCGCUCUAUCAGAAAAUACUGACGAUAUGGCGAGGGCUUAUGCACUUGGUAUUUAUGAUGAUGAUCUUGAAGAGGAUCCUGGUGUUAUAAUAGAAAGAAUUGAAGAUUUUGAAGAGCAUAAUAAAGAAGUUAAUCUAUUGAAAGAUGAAAUCGAGCAUUUCAAACUUUCCAGCUCACUUGAAGAAGAAGAAGCAGAGACGAAACAUUUAGACGAUGCAUUGGUGUCAGAUAUUCAGGAAAACGAGAUACCUGAGAACUACCCGGGAGGUAAUAGCACUAACCGAGAUGUCCUUAAUGAUGAAGAUGAUGAUCUAGGCCUGGAAUAUGGUAGACUCAGUGAAUCCAUCGCAAUUGAAUACAGUCAUCUCAAAGAAAAAAUGGCUUCUCGGCGUUCUUAUUUGCACUUCAGGAGUAGUCAAAACGAUGAUGAAAAGAAACAACUGGAGCCCAUUGAUGAAUAUGGUAAUCCCGUGAAGGUUAGCAGAUUUAGGUCUCAAAUGUUUCAGGCAGGAGAUUCACAGCAUUUUCAAUAG